AAAUUAAGUUUAGAUGAUUAUAAUUAUUUAGAAAAAAUAUCCAUCCGUUGAUUCUACGUUAAUUGGUUUAAUUUAUAAUGAAUAUAAUUCAGAUUUAGAUGAAAUAUUAGAAAACCUUUCAAUUAAAGAUACAAACGAUGAGUGGAUAGUCGUAGACUCAUUAAUAUCCAAUUUAUAUAAACAAUUAAACGUUGAAUACUCCGAGAUGAAUAACUAUUUAGUUGCAAUAUUAGAGUCACAUAGUAGCUUAACAUUAUCAGAAGCUAUAUACAAUUAUUUGGAAACCUUUGAUCACACUCUAGAUGAUAAUUCAUUGGAGUUAUUAUUAGCAUUAACAGGAAGUCAACAGCUAGACAAAUGCCGGCUAAUUUUAAAAGCUUGCAACAACAGAGUACAAGAUGCAGAAGACGUACUAUCCACUUUAUCAAACGUGGAAUCCUCCGAAGUAUCUGUGCAGCAGCCAACUUAUCAGCAACAACAACAACAAAGGAAACAGCGGCAGAAGGUGAACACCAACUGGGUCAAAGUCAAUAAAAAGCUCAAUAAUAGUAAUAAUAAUAAGAAACCUAUAUACCCACACUUACCACAGGUUGGUCUGCGCACUUCACAUUUAAACACAACUACCCAUCAAUCUACAUCAACUGAGAUUGAAACCGAAGACUUCUGUCGUCAAAAGGAGCAAGAGUAUAGAGAUAAAAAGCAACUAGCUCUGAAUGAAGCCAGUAGAAUAUUCAAAGCUUCCAAAUCUUGGAAGGUUAACGCAGGUGGUCAAGCUUCUCUGAUGAAAUCUCAAGAAGCUGCCACAUUCGGUGAAUUAGCAGAUGAAUGGGCAAUCAAAGCGGCCAAAGCUUACACGAAUUCGCGAUCUUCAAACUCUCAAAACGAUAAAAUUGAUUUACAUUACUUAACUGCAAAAGAAGCUUUAGCGGUUGCCCACGAUUGCGUACAUAGAUGGUGGUCGAAGAGGCCCAUACUUAACAAAGAAGUCACAAAACUUAAUCAAUUAACUUUCAUUACUGGUGUCGGUUUGCACUCGACUGGUAAACAACCUGUAUUAUUCCCACAAAUCGCAAGGAUGCUGGAAAACGAUGGUUGGAAAAUCGACCGUCAGCCUAGCAGUGGUUGUAUUGUUGUAAAAGGUCGAGCUUAAUUGGGCAGAAUAGUUAAUCACCGCGUUUAAUCAUUAUUUAAUCAUUAUUUAAUCAUUACAAUUCGUCCUUUUCAUGCUUAGUAUGUUCACCUGCAACUUUCAACUUUCCAGUUAGAAGCCCUUCGACCAAUUCAACAUACAUAUCAACUCCGUCUAAUAGUUCCUGCUUAUAGAUAUGUUCAUCUAAUUUGUGAGCACUUCCACUCGAGCCACAACCGAUCAAUAUCUUCUUAACUGUUGGUUGCUUCCAUGCGAAUAGAUCCGUACCGACUGGCAUUGUUUGGCUUGGUCUCCAGUUUUCUAUAGUGUCAAGCUUCAUAAAGUUAUUCAAUUUGUAUUCUUGUUCAAGCAGGAUAGACUUACGGUAACAGGAUCAUGAGAAUCAUCCACCAAGAUUAAAUCAAUCCAUUCUGAUUCCAAUCCUGAUUCCUUAAGUGCUUUCCAAGUUUCUUCUGAGGGUACUGAGGUUCUAACGUUUACGUUAUGCAGUCGCUUCAUCUGGUACCUUAUUCAUAGCUGUACCUCCACUGAUUUUAGUUACUGCCAUUGUUGUAUCACCCAAUAAUUUGUCCUUCGGCAAAGUCACGCUUUCAAGUUUCAAAAUAGCUUCAGAAAGUUUCUCAAUCGCAUUUACACCCCAAUGUGGGGAAGAAGAGUGUGCAGCUAAACCUUUAGCUCUAAUCUCGAAGCCCAUAUUGCCUUUGUGACCAGUAAUUUGAACUAAUUCAGUUGGUUCACCUACGAUAACAUAUUCUAAAUUCUUUGGAAGUAUCUCUUGAGCGAAAGUUGCACCAUCAAAGAUACCUUCUUCACCUGGAUCAUAUAAAACACCAACAUGUUUGACGAUUUCUGGAUUCUUCUUUCGCAAUUCUUCGACUGCAAUAACUUGUGCAGCGAUCUGACCUUUGGCGUCAUUUGCACCACGUCCAUAGAUCAAUUCACGACCUUGGUCAUCUACAGUUUCUUUGUAUUCAACAUAAGGUGGAACAACGUCAGUGUGUGAAUUCAAUAAGAUCUUAACAUCUUCUGGUUUGUUGAGGUAUGCGAAUAUAUUUUGUCUCUUUAUUGAGCUAUCGAUGUUUGGAUUGAUAACGUCUUGUAAUUCAACUUUCCAUCCAUUCUGCUCUAAAUAAUUACUUAAGAAAUCAACAGCCAGGGUUUCAUUUCUGGUGAUUGAAGGUCUGAUAAUUAAGUCUUUGUGUAAACUGAACAACUCCUUGUUAGCUAAAGCUACACCAAUUGCAACUGCAAAAGUUAAAAUAAAUUUCAACUUCAUUUAUCAGAUGAUGAU